ACAGUGUGCUAAGUCCCUUUUUCUGUCUUUCCCCGGAAUUGUAACUUUUAUUCGUUAAUUAAGUUGUAAAGUGAUAAUAAAUUCUUUCGAAUACGAAAGUUCUUUUAUGCACAAUUUUUGUGACAUUCACAGUAUAUUGCCCUCGGAAUGUUAAAAUAAAAAAUCAAAAUAGAUAUUAUACAUAGAGUAGGCAACAUUGUUUGCCAGCGGUGUGAAGUUUUUGACGGACAGCAUUGGGAAGUAAAAGAAAAAAGAAUAGGUGUCUGAGCGGACGCUGGCGAACGUAAAGUGUCGAUGAUUUUUUUCACGCACAUCUAAAUUUCUUUAGCAAAUCUUAGCAAUCUUUAGUUUAUUUGUAUAUAUCAUAUAGAAGUGUGGAAAAUGCAGUUUUGGAGCAGUCGAAAAUGUCACUGCUUAGCAAUUUUUACGGUAAUUUAUGUCCUUUAUAAUCCUACCGAUUCUGGAGCAGUGGACAUUAACAGUGAAAAUAUUGACAUGACAUUAGCGUCCAAUGAAUUGGUUUUUCUUAAUUUCUACGCCGAGUGGUGUCGCUUCAGUAAUCUCCUAGCGCCGAUUUUCAAUGAAGCUGCCGAUAAGACGAAAGAGGCUUUCCCCGAACCAGGCAAAGUAGUGCUCGGUAGAGUCGAUUGUGAUCGGGAAACAGCAAUCGCUUCACGCUUUCACAUAGCCAAAUACCCUACACUCAAGGUGAUACGCAACGGACAGUUGAGUAAACGUGAAUAUCGGGGACAACGCUCUGCCGAGGCGUUUGUGGAAUUUGUGCGGAAACAACUUGAGGAUCCAAUUAAGGAGUUUUCGUCAUUGAAGGACUUGGAGAAUCUUGAUUCAAGGAAACGUAUAAUUAUAGGUUAUUUCGAUCGUCGUGAUCAGCCGGAGUAUGAAACUUUCCGCAAAGUAGCUACAAAUUUAAAAGAAGAUUGUCAAUUUCAUGUCGGCUUUGGAGAUGUUGUUCAGGCCAUGCAUCCGCCAACUGAGGACGACAGUAGCGAUAGAAGAGGUAAAGCGCUUUUAAAUUUAACAUUAGGUCAACCCAUCAUUGUUUUCCGACCCGAUGUGGCAUUGUCGCACGAAAACGAUGAAACCUUCACGGGCAGUUUGAAAAACUUUGAUGAGCUAAAAAUUUGGGUGCAGGAAAAGUGUGUGCCAUUAGUGCGCGAGAUUACAUUCGAAAACGCUGAAGAGUUGACCGAAGAAGGUUUACCAUUUUUGAUACUUUUCCACAAGCCAGACGACACUGAGGCAAUCAAGGACUUUAAGGCGAUUAUAGAAACCCAAUUACUGGAUGAGAAACAGAAUAUCAAUUUCUUAACGGCAGAUGGCCAACGCUUUGCACAUCCAUUACAUCAUUUGGGUAGAUCGACGGAUGAAUUACCGUUGAUUGCUAUCGAUUCAUUCCGUCAUAUGUAUAUGUUCCCUAAAUUUGAGGAUAUGUAUACGCCCGGCAAGUUGAAGCAAUUUUUGCAGGAUUUGUACAGUGGAAAAUUGCACAGAGAAUUUCAUUAUGGCCCCGAUCCUUCAGGCAAUGAAGUGCAAACCGAAGCAGAUUCCAAAUCAGGCAAAGCCACUUCACCGCCAGAAUCAAGCUUUAAAAAGUUGGGACCUUCGAAAAAUCGUUACACACUAUUGCAUAAGGAUGAACUGUAAAGUCUGUUAUUAGGCUCUAGAUUAAACCCACACACACAAGCAUGCACUCACAAAACCCAGACACACACGCGUGUAUUGCUUGCAUGCACACAAUAGACACCUGAAAAAUAAAUAACACCAGUCAAAUCAAUAGAAAAAACAAUCAAUCUCAUAUACAACAACAAAUAUAAAUACUGAAUGGAUUUUCAAUAAGUGGUUUGUUUCUUUGUUGCUUCAUACACUUAAAGAUUUUUUUGAAAUCUUUUGUUCAAAAGCUAUCUAUUUUGUUUGAAUAUUUAACUAUUGAAAACGUACAUAAAAAUGCAAUUGUGAUUAUAAGUUUUAUGUAUUAAUUAUAAAAAAAAGUAAAUUAAAUUACUGAAAAAUAAGCGCUUGAAUUAUUUUUGAUGCAUAUAUAUAUGUAUUUGCUAAAGAUUUUCCUUAUGUAUUGAAAUUCGUUGGAGCUUAGCAAAGCAUUUGAAUACCCAUAAUUGUAGUUUGCAAAGGAAUUUGUAGAAAUAACCAUAUUUACUAUAAAUAAGUUUUUGUAAAAUUAGACAAUGAAAUGUAUUUUUUUUUUUUUUAUUUAAAUAGUAGUAUUUCACCUUAAAUGUAUGUUUCUGAUAUUUUUAGAUAUUAUUGAUGAAAUAAAAAUGCAUUUUGCAAAGGUAA